AUGAAAAAUAUUCCGCCAGGUUCAACUUUGAAGCUUAAACCAUCAAUCAAGAAUAAAAGAAGGUUUCAAUAUCCUCAAUUCAAUGUGGUUUAUCUUCAUUAUAAUGCAAUACAUUGCAUCAGCUUAGCAAUUUGUCAACCAAUUAAUAAUUAUUCUGAGUACGAAUUAUCUACAUUUUACUUAAAUAUCUAG